AUGCUACGCACCGCCGCAUCCUCUGCCACUAAAAAACUCCACAUCGGCAUCAUCGGCGCCGGAUUUUCUGGUCUUCGUUGCGCAGAUGUAUUGCUCUCCCACGGCCACCGCGUCACUAUCCUGGAAGCUCGCAAUCGCGUAGGCGGACGCGUGGGCCAGAGCAAUCAUCUGGGACAUACAGUAGAUUUGGGUCCAAAUUGGAUUCAUGGCACAGACGACAAUCCAAUCUUUGAGAUCGCGAAAAAGACGGAUACGCAAUUGCAUUAUUGGGAUGAGAGACAGAGAAUUUUGGAUGUCGAGGGUAAAGCUGUAGAGAGCAAGGAAGCGGAAGAAUAUGGACGUAUACUCUGGGACGAUGGAUUGAUCUCUCAGGCUUUCAAGUAUAGUAGGGAGAACACGGCGACUAUUGAUCCGAAGCUGUCGCUUAUGGAUUUCUUUGCUGAGAAAGCCGAGACGCUAUUUACUGACCUCGAGCAAAAAGAGGCAGAAAGGAAGAGAAGGACAUUACUCCAGAUCUGCGACUUUUGGGGUAGUUAUGUGGGCAGUCCGACUACCGCGCAGAGUUUAAAAUUCUUCUGGUUGGAAGAGUGUAUCGAGGGUGAGAAUCCUUUUGUGGCUGGCACUUAUACCAAAAUUCUGGAAUUUGUGGCGAAGCCUGCUUUGGAGAAGGCAGAGGUGAAGCUGGAGACAAGAGUUACCGCUAUCAAGGGCAGGAAACAAGAGGGGGGCAAGGUAGAGGUGCGAGUGGAUGGAGGUGACAGGUAUGAAUUUGACGAGGUUGUCAUGACGGCACCGUUGGGUUGGUUGAAGAGAAACAAGGAUGUCUUUGUCGACGGCUUGACGAAAGAUUUGGAUAGAGCUAUCAAUGCGAUUGGAUACGGUGCUUUGGAUAAGAUCUACAUCACCUUCCCCACCGCCUUCUGGGAAAUCACCUCAGAAAACGCAUCAGAACCAAAAGGCACCGCCACCAUCAGCAGCUCAAACACACCAAACACAACAGCAUUGACAGCACCUCUACACCAAUCCUCCUCUACCACUUCCCCAACAACCUCCUAUCCAGGAUUUACCCACUACCUUUCACCCAACUACGCCACCGCCACAAAUCCACAGAAAUGGGACCAACAAGCCAUGAAUCUUUCCGCCUUGCCAUCUCCUUCCACUCACCCUACCCUCCUCUUCUACAUCUAUGGCUCUUGCUCUGCUCACAUCGCUUCCCUGGCCCAACUCCCCCAACCCACCCGUGAUGAGAAACUGAACGCAUUCCUCGCACCAUACAUCUCUCUUCUCCCCAACUUCUCACCCUCUUCUCCCCACUGCAAACCCUCAGCAAUAUUUGCGACUGCAUGGGCAGGCGAUGAAUUAGCUGGCUAUGGCUCAUACGCAAAUUUCCAAGUUGGAUUGGAAGAUGGGGAUGUGCAUGUCGAGUGUAUGAGGGAAGGAAUGCCAGAAAGAGGUAUCUGGAUUGCGGGGGAGCAUACGGCGCCGUUUGUUGCGUUGGGCACGGCGACGGGAGCGUAUUGGAGUGGUGAGAAGGUUGCAUUGAGGAUUUUGGAAGGGGUGGUUGUUGAGGGUGAACGUGAGGGCGAAGGCAAGUAG